CUCAAAAUUAGAUAAUAUGAGCCCUUGCGUUAGCUAAGAACUAUGAAGUGAAGUGUGCCGGCGGUUUAUGUGUUCAGUGUUUCACUUGACUAAACAGUGAUUUCAGUGAGAAACAAAGGUUCCAAAGCCCUACAAUGAAGUUUUUAAUCCAUCUUGUGUCGUCACUGCUUACGUUGGCAGCGGCUCGGGGUACAAUGCUGAAGUGUGGCGAGGACAUCGUCGUGGCAAAGGGCGAGAGAAAAACUCUUAAAUUUUGGAGCGCAGAAGACGAUUUGCUGAAAGUCCAAGUGGUGCCUUCGACAGAAAUCCACGCGCGUCGACCACCCGGCAGCGCUGUUACGUACUCCAAGAUACCUGGACUAUCAGAAGCCAUCCUUGCGCACUCCCAAAACCGCGUCAGUCAGCAUGGUGGGCUUCACUACGCAGGAAAUCCUGACAUGGAAGGGGAUUACGUGUAUGAAAAUGAAACAGAGUUAUAUUAUGAUGACGAUGACGUUUUGACGGAUAACGUGAAGGAUGUCGUUGAAUCUACGAAAAACGUAGAUAUUGAGAGACCGGGAUCUGGUGGCGUCAUCACCACAGUGAAAAAACAGGAUUUCGUAGAAACGACCACUUUGUAUUCGACGCCCGAGGAAAAAUUACCUGUAUCAACCGAAAGUGCAUCAACACUUGCAUACACAACCCAAAGUUUCAAAUUGGUGACGUUUAUUCCUAAUUUAGGAAGUAACAACUACGAAGAUGUGUCGACUGAGAACAAAUCAGUCGUUAACGAAAAUCAACGGAAACCAGACGACGUUCAAAUAAGCGUUGGAGAAGGAACUGAAAACUUCACCCACAAGCAUGAAGCUGAUUUAUAUGGCCAAACCCUGAUAUCUGAAACGAGACAAUCAGGCAGCUUGAACAAAACGAUUGCAGUUGUGACUGAAGAUAUCAAGCUUUUAGAAAGCCAUGGCUCGAAUCUCGAAGCAAUUUCUUCUAGCACGCAAAAACCUGUGACUGAGAAGACUGUGCCUUCGUCCACUGAUCCGUUGUUGGAAAUUUUGAAUGGCCAUCAUAAGGCAACACAAAACCGCACACAUAACCUUGAUACGAUAAAGUCAAGUGACGUUAACAACAUUUCGGAUAGAAAUAACCUAGUAAAUACUGUCAGCGAAAAUAUUGACAAUGAAAAAGCAAAUAAAUUUUCAACGAAUGGAGGGGAAAGUCAUAUUUUCCAGGAAACUCUUCCAGUUGCUGCCACUGAUGAUGGUCAGAUUGGAGAAAAAUAUGACGAAGCACAAGAUGUGGCAACAACUGAAAAUAUUUUACCCAUUUCCCAUUUGGGGGAAGACGCAGAUAAAAUUUCGGAAAACACGUUCAAGAGCGGAACAAUUAUACAUGAUGACGACGAAACCAAUGUGAGAGCGGACUCCGGCGACCAUUUUAGCAAUAUUUUACCAAGUGAUGGUCAACUUUUUAAAGGAAGCACUGCAGGCUCAGCUGAUGUAUUGCAAAAUGCAAAUGAAGACUUAUUACGGAUAUCCAGUCAGGAAAAUGAAACAAUUCGACAAUCAGUGGACAAAGUUACUUUGCACGAUUCUGUGUCUAAUACUGAACAUGUACCCGAUACUGGAGACUUGACUUUGAUAAACGAAACUGUCGAGGCUGAAGGAAGACCGGGUAUAACUAUUUCAAAAACCGAUUCCAGUGCUAUUAAUAUAGGUUAUGAAGAAGCCACUGUAGAAAAAGCAGAUCUACCAACGGACAAUACAUUUUAUUCUGGGUUUGAAUCUUUCUUUCAAUCUGAAGAUGGUAUUUCUACUGAGAAACCCAAUGUGGCUAAACAAGAAUUAUCUGAAAACCCAGUUUCUGCUGAUUCUAAAGGAUCUCCUGCAAAUGACACUACUGAUUUGGAUGAAUUACUACAAGAAACGUUUUCAGAUUUGCUAAAUUUCAUGAACGUCGAAAAUGUGUCAGAAGUGGUUAGUGGAAAGGAAGAAAUAGGUAAACCUAUAAGCAGCCAGGCACCCAACGACACUGAUUCAAUCGAUGACAUGGAGAAACUGAUGAGUGCGUUAACUGAUGUGCAUGACGUAUCUGCUGAAGUUGGUAUUCCAGACAGACAUAACGUAGUCUAUCAUAAUGUUAAGCUUGUGAACAUGGCAGGACAUCAGAACAACUUGGACACUGAAUCAGGUCCGAAAGAUGAGUACUUACUUAGACAAGAAGACAUUCUUCUUCCGGAAAAUCCUGUAGUUGCUGAUGAAAGUUACCAUACCAAUAGCAACACAGUCGAAAGUACCACGAAUGUCAUUGUAGAACGGGUGAGUGUAAAAGAACACGACACGCAGAAUAGUGAACAUGUAAGAGACAACGAAGUUACAACUUCUGUUCUUAAUUUAGGAGUUACAGAAGUAUAUGAAAAAAGUGGCGAUGCCGACGCAUCAACAAUAUUUCUGGGAGCUGUACUAACCACCGAAGCAAACAUGAUGAACGAAGCAACUACAAGCCCGUCGAUCGAUGUCACUUCAUUAAAUAUUAAAGGAGAUGCCGAGCACGACAAAGGCAGCGAUGAACAUUAUGCAGCGACUACAAUGAAAGUAGAAGAGUCAAGUCGUGUUGAAGAUUCGGCAGGAGCAAGCGAACGAGAUGAAGGCCUUGCAAAUAUAAAUACUGAAAGUCCAACUACGUUGAGAAGUCAGUCGAGUUCAGUAGAAGUCACCAGCCAGUCUCCAGAUGAUUUUAAGGGAUACGAAUACUAUGAAAGCCUCUACGAUUCCUUAAUGCCACAGCCUGAGAUGAAAGGGGGCAGCUUAGGAAUAGACGAGCUCAUUGCCCAAUCUGAGAAUAAUAAAAAUACGAAAGAUACUUUUGCGGUAGAAGAUUUCGAUACGGAUGUGCCACCAGAAAUAGAUUAUGAUGCGACCAAAGCCAGUAUUCCUAAAACAUCGGUGGAUAACGAUUCUCGUCCGCUUGAUGUCAAAGAAAUUGAACAAGCUAGAAUACCUGCGCCAGAUAUCGAUUAUUAUGAGACCAAAGCCAGUAUUCCUAAAACAUCAUUGGAUAACGAUUCUCGUCCGCUUGAUGUCAAAGAAAUUGUACAAGCUAGAAUACCUGAGCCGGAUUUUGAUUAUGAUGCGACCAAAGCCAGUAUUCCUACAACAUCGGUGGAUAGCGGUUCUCGUCCUCUUGAUGUCAAAGAAAUUGAACAAGCUAGAAUACCUGCGCCAGACAUUGAUUAUGAUGCGACAAAAGCCAGUAUUCCUACAAAAUCGGUGGAUAACGGUUCUCGUCCUCUUGAUGUCAAAGAAAUUGAACAAGCUAGAAUACCUGCGCCAGACAUUGAUUAUGAUGCGACAAAAGCUAGUAUUCCUAAAGCAUCCGUGGACACUGGAAUUCACCCGAUCAACGUUAAAGAUAUCGAGCAAGCUAGACUUCCGCCCCCAGUUUACUCAGCAAUAAACGAUGAUGGUAAUAGUGCAUCUUUCUCCGAAGAUGGAGAAAAUACACAACUAAUUAAUUCAAAGGUCCAGAGCGCUGAUGAUGAGUUAAUAAACUCCUCGAACGAUCCGCAAGCAACAGAAGCACCGGACGAAUUGAAGGACAUCUAUGAAAUGCGAGUGAAGGGGCAAAACGAUAAGGUUAAUUUUGAUUCUGUCACUGACGUUGAUCAGUCCACGGCUCUAUUACCAUCUCAAGAGAUCCCGUCGCCAGACAAUAAUGGCAAUGCAAAAGUACAGCACGACAUUUUAAAUUCUAUUGCUUCAAUCAUUAAAAACACUCUAAGUUCUUCAGAAAGAUUAUCGGACGACGCAAUUACUGAGAGCGCAGUCGAUGUUGUAACAGAAGCAUAUAAAGAACAAAAGGACCAAAACAAGUCAGAUGUUAUUGAUGCCAUUGUUGAUAAUGACAGUGAAAACGAUGUGACGGAAAUAGAAUCAAAUGCAUCGGAUCUGGUAGAAAUUCCGCUUGAAAUUGUCAACGGUGAGAUCCGAGUCUCACAAUACCAUGCGACUUCAUCGCUCUCUGUGCCGCUGAGUGCGUUAGAGUCCACGGAAACCUUUGAUUUCUACUUGAAAAAUAAUUUGCAGUCAGGAAACCACGUCCUAAUCCUAGAGAAUGGCCAACAAAUCCCAGUGAAGAGUCUAAAUGAGUUGAUUAAUGCUAUGAAUUUAGCCUCAAGAAACAAUGGAAGUUUAAUUAUUAAUGAAGAGGAGGAUAAUUCUUCGCAUAGCUAUGAUGAUUUUUCGACUGCAGGAGGUCUUAAUUCUAGUGAACUCGUGAAGUCAGGGGAAAAACAAGAAAUUUACGAGAGUUAUGACUUGAAUGCUGAAAUUACCUCAACUACAGAGCCAUCGCUCGACCUCACUACAAACAUUGCAUCGUUGGGAAAUGUUGUCUCGUCGAAAGACGUAACAUCAGCUAAUGAUAUCAAUGAAACUGAUAUGAAUGUUUACGCCACCGAGAAAUCUACAGAAAUUGAAAUAUCAGCAAAUGAAACAAGAUCUACUCUAGUUAUAAGCGAUGAAACGAAGAACGUGAACGUCAGUGAAGACUCGCUUCUGGAGGCCGCGGAAGCGAGAAUUGGAGAUACUGAAUUGAGCAAAAAAAAUUUUGCACCCGGGAGUGGAGACGGAAAAAUAGACGCGCAUGCCUCUACUUCAGAUGUGGAUCCAAAUUUUGCCUCCGACAGAAAUGUACAUCAAGGAUUAGAUUUGUCUAAGCACGUUUCAGGAAGUAAAAGUAAGAAUGUCAUAAAUAUUCUAGAAGACAUGAUCCACAACGACCAUCAACUCCGUGAUAUUAUGACCAAGAAGGAACAAGUAACGGUUAGGAUUAUUAAUGAAUCUAAUUCAGACAAUUUUUACAAUGAACAGAUAAAUGAUAUUUAUAGAACUGAGAGCAGCACUACCGAAUUUUCAACUGAGAAACCAGAGAGCUUACAUUAUUCAAACGAUUUCGAUCUCUCGUCUCUAAGGAUAAGUGAAAAUCCCUACGCGUAUUCUUCCGAAAAAAGCAAACUUGAAUCACUGCAACGGAAGCCUGCUCGUAAAGACGAUUCUGGUUUUGAGUUUGGCGGAGACGCGCCUUUUUUGAUGCGAUUGCCUGGAAGCCCUAAUCCUGGGUUGGUUUACAUCCAAUACGAGCCAGUACAAGUUAAAUAUGUUGCAGUUGAUGGAUCUGAAGCAAGCACGGAAAUGGUGCCUAAUGAUAAACCAGCUAAAAACCAAUUUUCCAAACGUACAGGCGUUCAACACGAAAUCAAUGCCAUCGAAACUGAUGUGCUGCUGAACGACUCGACCGUUAAACCCCAAACUGUCGAUCCCAAAAUCAUUAAAAAUAAAAAUGAAACAGUUAGUGAAUCGAAUAAAGCAAACGGGAUAUAUCAGAUGAUAAGAAACGGCUCCCCUCAGUAUGAAAGCGAAGAAAUCACUAACCAGGACCUUAAAGCUAACAAGGAGGAUACACACGCUCACAUUGAUAUCCCGCUCAGUUUUAUUUUUCAGGAGAAAAUUGUGAAAGAGAAUCCAGAUCCUUUCAUUGUAAUGCCUCCACCUGACCUAACCAGCCAGGAACUCCUCAAUCCGGAAGAUCCGGCUCAAAGCAUGUACUCACAUGUUAUUGAACCUCAUUAUGACCAUCACCCUGAUGAUAUUGAUGCAACACUUUCGGUUAGCGGCCCAUCUUCGACAAAAGUUGUGAGCGGUGGAGAGGUUGAUGUCAGUAAUCUGGAAGAUGAGAUAUUGGAGCCUGGGAAGUAUUACAGCAGCGAACACCGCGGAACUAUCUACGGCGAUGUCGACUUGGAGCGUCUGAAUAAUCCUGUCUUCAAAUUGCAAACCAAAGUGCGACGGCCUACAUCAGAUGAAUUGAUGAAUCCGUCGUUCACUCCUUUCCCUAUCACAACCAAUCCUCCUCGGGAUGUCUCCAGUACCACACCAUAUUUGAUUUCCAAAAAAUAUCUUGAAAUCGUUGACGAAAAUAUUGAAGGUUCUCAGGAGAGUAACGUGCCAGAUCACACACUUGAACACAACACUUCGGCAUUAGAGCUUAAAGAACCUUCUGUGACUGCCAUGCUCACGUCAAACGAUGAAAAUCAUCUUAAUGAUAUAUAUACCGAUGACGAUAGAACUGGUGCAAAUGCAAAUGAUGUUCCUUUCAAAGAAACUGAGAGUGCGGCAUAUUCACCACCACCUGCCGUUGAUUUUAGAUUGACGUACAAUCCAAGUGAUAUUCCUAAGUUCAUGCGUGAGAACCCGAACGCUUUCCCUUCUUGGUAUCCGCAAAAUAAUAACAACAAUUUCAGAGCUGAAGCUCUGACAUCCGAGAACUCCACGCUUAUCGGGUCGAACAAUGAUGCAACUUCUGAGAUUACAGGGAGAGACUUUGAAGAUUUCGAGAGCGAAAAAUCGGACAUGCAAGAAUCUGCGAGAAAUGUUGGGAGAUUAUUUUCUGCAGAGUGGUCGAGCAAGGACAAUAAUCGCUACGGAGCCUUCUACCAUCCCGCCGACAUUCCGGGUAUCAUGAUGGCUGAUCUUACUCGCAGACACUUAUCCCAGUCUGGGGACCCCGCGCCCGCUGCAGCGCUGCCCUGGUACAAGACUCACGCCGCUAACGCUGCCUCGGAGACCCAGGACGACGCUAGCUACGUCAACGACCCUUCAGCGCCGCUUAUUUUUGGACCCAAAUUCUUCAAGUACUUGAACAGCCUGCCAGCUCCUCUGCUACGAGACUUCCUCGAGCCAUCAGCGUCAGAGCGCGCGGUGCGCAUGCGCAGAGCUGCGCCCGAGCCUGGCGCGCAGAUUUACUGCGAGUGGAACGUCAAGACGGAACCGGGCCUGUUCCUGCUGAUGCAUUUCCAGAACUUGUCGGCGCCCUACAGCGUGGACUGCCACGGCGCCUACAUCGAAGUUGAGCGCGAGAACGACGGUUACGAUGCGCGCUACUGCGGCAACCGAGUCGCUCAUAUGGGCAACCGGCCACACGUGAUAUUCGCCAAGUCGGAGGUGCGGAUCACUGUCUACGAUGACGGCAACGCCGGCAAGAGCCGACCUACGGGCUUCGAGGCCGACAUAGACGUGAUCGACCUGUUCAACCCCCACGAGUACAGCACAUUCAUGGCCUCGAACGCCUACCCUCACAUCCGCAGGCUUCUCAGCGGCUGAAAUUGUUAAUGCAAUGAUAUAUAAAAUCUAAUCUAUAUAUUUGAUUUAAUCUGUUCGAAAACUCGCGAGUGAUCAGAACUUCUGUGGUCGGUAUAAGUCAGUGCCAAUAGUAAUGCAUCUCUGUCUGGUAUAGUGAAUACAUUUCGUUAGUCGCCUAAACUUUGCUUUUCUUCGUGUAUUUCAUUGAAACUCGAAGUUGCACCUGGACUUGGAUGUAGUAUCAAUCCGAUUUUUUGAGUGAUGUUUCAAUGAUUUUAAAUGACUAGGUGUUAGAAACUUUUUUGAGACGCUUGACCAAUUCCGUUGUACGUAAUUUAUAGAUGAUGUUGAUCGAUUGUGAUGUUAAAAGGCUAUAAGAAAAAUGGAGAUGCAACGAAAAAUUUUGCGAUGAACAAAGCAGAAGUUUUAAUAAAUGCUGACCAAAGUUACUCGGAAUUUCAAAUUGCAGAGUACAUCCAUUGCAAUUUUACGAGUGGUUUAUACACAUGAAAAAAUCUAGAUAUUUCUUCUCAAACGCGCAUUAUAAGGAGAUCUCAAAUGAUUUUUAUUAUUAAAAAUAUUAGAAACAUACGAGGCAUUAUAUUGAAGCACAAUUGGUGAUCACACAAAUGAAUGGUGAUCAAUACAGGUAAUCCCUCAGUACGAACAACUAUGAUAAACAGAGCAUUUAAAAUGUGUGGGCAUUGAUUUUCUCCAUGGCAUUGAUCAGCAUUGAGCAAGCACGCUCAAAUAUUUUUCUAGAAUUAGACUAGCUAAUUGUCUCGACAUAGCGUCAACAAAACCUAAAUAAAGGUUGAAUGAGUGCUGGCUUGCUUAUUUUGUCGCACUGCAUUGAUUUUAGUAGCGUGGAGCGUGCAGGGCGUCUAGUUGCUAAGGAAAUGUUCAUAUUUAUUCAUGUAAAAUUUUUUAACGACGCCAGUUUUUACUAUUUAUAUCACACUUAAUCAGUUUUCAUAAUUAAGAUAUUUAGAUUUCUUUUAUUUGGAUAAUUCUACAAUGAAGUAAAGUUGCGAAGUGUAGACGAUGUACGAAGACAACAUGUAAAAUUGUUUCUCAUAAAAUUCAUUUUUUUGGAUACUUUGAACAAGUUCGUUUUAAAUAAUAUUAAGUAUGUAAAUAUUAACCGUAAACCUAAAAUAAGGUGAGGCAUUAAAUAGUGUGUAAGGCUUGUAUAAUGUUUCAAUUUGGGCAUUCGUGGCCCGUAAUCAUGGAAAUUGGUGCAGUAUAGGCAACCUCAUAUUUCUUUAUAACUAAUUUCAAUGGUGAAAUAAAUUUCUACUUUUACUAAUAAACAAAAAACUUUGGCAUUCUUUUCCGGGUUGUGCAUUACGUCGUUGAAAUUGAGGCUCUCGACAAUGUAUCAGUUGUGAUCCAAACGAAACAAUGACGGUAAAUAUACAUAUAUUUACAUAUAAAUAUAUUUACAAAUACAUAUAUUUACCCCGGUGUAAACUAUUGUGAGGGAAAAUUGCAUUCAUUGUCUUUCAGUCUUUAAAAAAAGUUCAUCUUGAAUAUAUGUCGCAAUAGGUUAUGGACUUUGAAUUCACGUCUAAUUUCAAAAAAGUUUUAUCAAACUGUCACAGGUGGUAGUGAGAAGUUACAGGAUUUAGAUAUUCAUAAUUUCGGAGUUACAAGAACUUUGAGCUUCAAGUAAUAUUCUGUCAAUAUAUUAAGUAAAUUCGGUCAGCAAGUCAAUAAAUUCGAACAAUUUAGAGAGAAUCUAAUUGUGAUCUUGGUCGUGGUUAUCUGCUAGUAGAAAUAAGUUUAUGAAUCGCCUGUAAAUAGGAGGAAAAAAUAAAUGCAAAUUUGAAA